CCCGAAUUAAGCUCACUUCUAUAUACUAUAACUGAGCCUUUUAUAUUGAUUGAUAAGAGGAGGUGAUUAAUAGCUUGACUAUGUUUCCUAGAGACACGUUUAGGAUUAAACAUCCACUUUCACCAGAAUGAAUCAUAUUAUUGAAAGGCGACAAAGUAACGCACUACCUGUUUACCUCUUCAUGAAGCACCCUAUGCAGUAUAUACUGGCUGUGACAACGGCGCGGCUACGAAGGCUGGAUACGCCGCUAUUUCGGCUGUGGCGGCUUCGUUCAAGGUGUUUCCCAAUGCCAGAAUAUGUAAGCGAGGAGAUCAGCGGGACGCGUGGGCAUCCGUCGUUGAUGUUGUUGUUGUUGUUGUUGUUGUCUCAAAAAUACCCCAUGCCAGCCGCCAUUAACAGCAUCUCUCAUUUCGCACCAGCACUCCUCUCUACCUCCCUCUGCACCACCACCUUCCGCCUCCGUUCCACCGCCGGAUCCAGAAAAGGCGAUGGCGUAAGAAGAGGAUUAUACGAAACCACCUUUGCUUUGCGCGGCUCAGUACUAAACAUGACUUCGUCCCGCGACGCAGUCGUGUUUUGCACCGCCGUCGACGUCAGGGAUGUAGUGGCUUUCUUCAAGGGCCGCUUUGGGAGGAGCGUGUGAGGCAUCGGCAAUCUUGAACGCGAGCUCUUUUAUAUAGUAUGUGUAUAUGUUGGCUUCGGGGAUAGUGUGCGGAACAUCGGAUAGCAGCAGGAGUUGCUGCGACCCGCUGCGUCUUUGGGAUCCGUGGUACUGGUACAACGAUCGAGUUUAUGUUUUGGGUGACGACGCUAAGGGCGGCGUGG